CCGGCCGCGACCCGGAAGUCCUUCCCGCCCCACUCCGAAACCGGCGCGAGGGGUCCGAUGGCGGAGGGGGAGGCAGAGGUUCCAGCAGAGACCGGCGGCGGCGGCGGGGAACCUCCAACGAGGACCCUGGAGCCGGGAGUGGCUCCUAUUAAAGCCCAGUAUCUCACCACCAAGGAGCAAUUCCACGAGUUCCUGGAAGCCCCGGCUGGGCAGGUGAAGGCCGAUGGGGAAACUGAGUCAGGAGGCGCCACUGGCAAUGGUGUGGCCGAGCCGGAGGCCAAGCGGGCACGGCUGGAGGACGGACAGAGCGGCGGAGGCCAGACAGAGGACAGGAAGGAGGUGGAGGAGGAGGAGGGGGCCGCCGGCGAGCCCAGGGAGCACAAGAAAGCCCAGAAGAGGGCCCGCGGCCAGCACAAGAACCGGCCCCACCUGAAGCCCGCGGACCAUGACUCCAACAGGCUCUGCCCGUCCCUGGUGCAGGGAUUGUCUGCCAUGUGCCUCUUCGGGGACCGUUGCCGCUACUUACAUGACGUGGCCGCCUACCUGGAGCAGAAGCCCCCCGACCUGGGCUCCCGCUGCCCAGUCAUCGAGACCCUGGGCCGCUGUCCCUACGGCAUCACCUGCCGGUUCGCGGGGGCCCACCUGGCCGGGGGGGCGUCCCCCUGGGGCCCCCUGCCGCCCCCCGUCCGCAACGGGCUGGACAAGGCCUUGCAGCGACAGCUUCGGAAACACCAGGUCCGAUUUCAGCGCUCCGAGGAGGCCCUGCGGCGGCUGAGCCAGAGCCCGCUCUCGGGGGUCCUGCCCGAGCCGUUCGACGGUGACACCGUGGGCCCCGAUGCCGGGGUGGCCCCCGGCAGCCCUCUGCAGACCUGCGGGCCCCUGACAGAUGAGGACGUGGUGAAGUUGAGGGCCUGCGAGAAGAAGCGGCUGGACUUCCAUGGCAAGCUGUACCUGGCCCCCCUCACUACGUGCGGGAACCUGCCCUUCCGGCGGAUCUGUAAGCGAUUCGGGGCCGACGUGACGUGCGGGGAGAUGGCGGUGUGCACCAAUUUGCUCCAGGGCCAGACGUCGGAGUGGGCCCUGCUCAAGCGUCAUCCUUGUGAGGACAUCUUUGGCGUCCAGCUGGAGGGCGCCUUCCCCGACACCAUGACCAAGUGCGCAGAGCUUCUGAACCGCACCAUCGACGUGGACUUCGUGGACAUCAACGUGGGCUGCCCCAUCGACCUAGUGUACAAGAAGGGCGGGGGCUGUGCCCUCAUGAACCGGACCGCCAAGUUCCAGCAGAUCGUCAGAGGCAUGAACGAGGUGUUGGACGUGCCGCUGACCGUGAAGAUCCGCACCGGCGUCCAGGAGCGCGUGAACCUGGCGCACCGGCUGCUGCCGGAGCUGCGGGACUGGGGGGCCGCCAUGGUCACGGUCCACGGCCGCUCCCGGGAGCAGCGCUACACCAAGUGUGCGGACUGGGAGUACAUCCGCGAGUGUGUGCAGGCCGCCAGCCCCAUGCCGCUGUUUGGGAACGGGGACAUCUUGUCUUACGAAGACGCUGAGCGUGCCAUGCAGACGGGCGUGGCGGGGUUCAUGGUCGGCCGGGGCGCCCUGCUGAAGCCCUGGCUGUUCACGGAGCUCCGCGAGCGGCGGCACUGGGACAUCUCGUCGUCCGAGCGGCUGGACAUGCUGCGGGACUUCACGCGCUUCGGCCUGGAGCACUGGGGCUCGGACACGCGGGGCGUGGAGGUCACCCGUCGCUUCCUGCUCGAGUGGCUGUCCUUCCUCUGCAGGUACAUCCCUGUGGGGCUGCUGGAUCGGCUGCCCCAGAAGAUCAACGAACGCCCCCCCUACUACCUGGGCCGCGACCACCUGGAGACCCUCAUGGCCAGCCCCCGUGCCGACGACUGGGUCCGCAUCAGCGAGAUGCUUCUGGGCCCGGUGCCGCCCAACUUCGUCUUCCUCCCCAAGCACAAGGCCAAUGCCUACAAGUAGCCGGGCCCCGAGGCCCAGGCGCCACGUGGAGGAGCCCACAGAGCCAGGGGGAAAUAAAAUCGGUUCUCAGAAAA